AUGGACAUACACAGCGAGUCGAACCAACUUGUAACUGAAACUAGCAAACAAUCCAAAUGGUGGCAUCAUCGUCGAGCUAAGAUCAUCGGAAUUUCUUUUACAGUAUUGAUAAUUCUAUCAAUUUCUCUAAUUUUAAUCCUAGAAUUUUCCAUACGCUCAACAAAAAAACCAUACAUCACCACUACGACUACCGCUCAGACAUUCGGUAAGAUAAUAACUUCAAAAUCCGAAGUGAAUCUAGCUGAUUUGAUGAAAUACUGCCUGGUUUCAGGCUCGGAUUGUUGGCAAUACAGCGUAUAUCAACUGAGAACGAAUCAGCUGAUUUCACGAUGCCAAAAUUUUGAAGAUUUAUGGCACGUUACUGGUAGUAUGAAUACUCGACGAACAAGACAUACAGCAAUUCUGUUAAAGAACGGAAAAUAG